AUGUCCCAAUUUCCCGACUACUACAAACUCCUCAAUGUCUCAAAGUCGGCCACUCAGGACGAAAUCCGCCAGGCGUACAAGAAGGAGUCUUUGAGGACACAUCCAGACAGGCUUGUCAAUGCGACACCAGCAGAGAGGCAGGGUGCGACGGAGCGUUUCCAGGCCGUAGCUGAUGCGUACUAUGUCCUUUCCGAUGUUACUCGCCGAAGAGAGUACGACGAGUUAUACUCCACACGAGCAAGCAAGGACAGAACAACGGAUCCAGGAUCUUCCACCAGCUUCUUUGCACAGUUCGCAAAUAUGUUUGCUGGUUCAGGAGCGGGAGGAAGUUCCGCUGAGGGUCAGGCAGGACCUGGUGGGCAGCCCAAUGCAGAGGGUGUCUUCGCAGACGUCUUCGAAGAGAUGCUGCGUCCGGAAGUUAACCGAGUAAUUCCAUGGUGGACAUAUGUCGGCGCAUUCUCUGGCGCUGGACUGGGCUUCAUUGUAGCGAAUGUCCCCGGUCUAAUGGUUGGGGCUUUUGCUGGCAAUAGGCUGGGUGCUAUAAGGGACGCCAAGGGCAAGAGUGUAGCUGCAGUCUUCACCCAGUUGGGCGGCGAGCAGAAGGCCGAGAUUUUGCGAGCAUUAGCAAUGAAGGUCCUUGGGUCUGCAUUUUGA